AUGCUCAGCUUGAUGGCAUUUUUUAGUCUAUAUCUUCUAAAUGGGCCCUCUUCGGCGAAAAUAGAAUAUCCAACUUUUCCGCAUUCCCUAUUUGGAGCAGUUAUUCCUUCGUGUGCUUUACUCUUUCUCGUUUCCAUAGGCUCUGCUUAUCUUUUGAGGGUUCUGGUGAUAGACAUUAAUUGCAACUUACGUUGGAUAUAUUUCCUGCAUGCAAUUCUGCAUAUGAUGCUACUGGUAUUGUCAGUUUCUGCCUGCUUAUUUAAUACGGCUUCGAUUUGUGAUCGCAUUCUGAUAUUGCUUGAGCAAAUAAGAUUAAAUCUUAAGCUUUAUUCUGUCUUCAGAACCAUUGUUGGAUCCAAAUUUGGACAAAAGAUGUUUUCCCGGCGAAUUUCGGUGGAAAAUCCAUUUUCCGCUUCAAAGCUUUUGUAUUUUUAUUUUGCACCUGUUUUGAUUUACCAAAGCUUCUAUUUAAGAGUCGCUAACGACAAAAAAGGGGGCUUAUUUAGAUUUUUGUACGAUUCGGCCUGUCAUGUUUUCAAGUUUUGCGUUUCCGUGUAUCUUUUGCUAUUCAUUUUCCACCAGGUCAUUGGCCCAUAUUUUGCGAAUCUAACGAUUGCCGAUGCGAAAGGCUCCUUUUGGUCAAAUACUCCUCUAUUUAAUGACUUUGAAUUUUUAAAGAAAUCUCUUGGUCUAUUUUGUUGCCUGGGCACGCCGAUCUUUCUUCUGUGCUUUUUCUUUUUUUUUGAGGCCUGGAUGAACUUUUGGGCAGAUAUUCUUUCUUUUGAGGAUCGCUCUUUUUAUGAGGACUGGUGGAAUUCGUGUUCCUUUUCUCAGUUCUAUCGAAAAUGGAACUGUAUUGUGCACGACUUUUUAUACACGUACUUGUAUGGCGAUUUUAUUCGGUAUUUCAGGGAGUCAUCUAUUGUCGAUCCAUCGCUGGCCAAAGGAAUUUCAGCCCUCCUGGUCUUUAAUAUUUCGGCUGUUGUUCAUGAAUUUAUCAUUUCUUUUUCGUUGGGAUUUUUUUAUCCCGUAUUAUUCAUAUUAUUUAGCGGCCCUGGUGUUGUCCUCUGUGCUUUUUUCCAAAAAGCCACGUACGAUCGCAGACUUAAUGCUAUCUUUUGGCUGUUCAUGUUUCUCGGUCUUGGGCUAACCAUAUUCCUUUACUCCUUCGAGUAUUGUUGUAGAACCUUGCUUUUUACUCAUAUUUUUGAUACCUAUGCGGUUGAUCCAUUGGUAAGCCAUCUCUUUUUUUCUCGUUAG